AUGUCUACAACCACUGGCGCUUUCAUUGCUGGAGGUAUCGCUGCAUGCGGCGCAGUCACCGCGACUCAUCCUUUCGAGACGGUCAAGAUCAGGUUGCAAUUGCAAGGAGAACUACAGGCAAAAGAUAUUGCUGUCAAGAAAUAUACCGGUGUCUUCCAAGGAGUUGGUGUCAUCGUCAAGAACGAGGGCGUUCGUGGUAUCUAUCGAGGACUUGGGUGUGCCUAUGUCUAUCAGAUUCUUCUGAAUGGCUGCCGCUUGGGUUUCUAUGAACCUCUGAGGGCCGCCUGCACAAAGGUUGUUUUCAAAGAUUCCAACGUCCAAUCUCUCGGCGUCAAUAUCUUUUCCGGCGCAGCUUCUGGCAUUCUCGGUGCCAUGGCUGGCUCUCCUUUCUUCCUCAUCAAGACUCGUUUGCAGUCCUAUUCUCCCUUCCUCCCGGUCGGUACCCAACACAAGUAUCGCAACGCGUUGGAUGGAUGCAAGCAGAUCUACGGUAGUGAGGGUGUCAAAGGUUUAUACCGAGGAAUCACUGCCUCGAUGGUCAGAACUGGCGCUGGAAGUUCCGUCCAACUACCCACAUACUUCUUUGCGAAGAGAAGAUUAGUACGUCAUGCGGGUAUGGAAGAGGGUUUACCCCUACAUCUCUUGAGUUCAGCUGCGAGCGGAUUUGUCGUCUGCUGUGUCAUGCAUCCUCCAGAUACGGUCAUGGCCAGAAUGUACAAUCAGCACGGCAACCUCUAUAGUGGUAUCUUCGACUGCUUGUGGAAGACGAUAUCUACCGAAGGUUUCUUCUCCGUCUAUAAAGGAUUUACAGCUCAUCUUGCCCGAAUUUUACCUCAUACCAUCCUGACCCUGACCCUGGCGGAGCAGACCAAUAAAUUUGUCCGUGGUAUUGAGAACAGAAUAUUACCAGAGUCGAUUAAGGACAAGAUCUGA